GCGACGUAUUCAAUGCAUUCAGAACUGUGUCGAAGCUGGCAGCUGGAUAUGUCGGGACUCUGCCCAUGGAGCUCUCAGUAUUCCUUCUGUAUAGCGCAGUGGACGCACUAAUCUAAACGCUAAAGACUAUCUUCGUUCGGCUUGCUAUCGGCAGCUGUACCGCUUGUUCAAGGCGUUGUUAUUUUUCUUCCUAGCACCCAGGAUUAAUUAAACUUUUGAACAAAGACAAAUGAAGAAGUGAUACUUCAGCGGAGCUUAGCGAUACAUCACCGAAUUGCGCAGAGACGGACAGCGUUAAAAACUUUCCAAGCACUUAUCAGUUUGUAACGUUAUCUUAGCUUUCACCUCGCUUCGCACGGACAUGGCAGCGAAUCAAAGUGACAUCCUUCAGCUCUUGCUUCAUCAACCAGGGGGAAUUCCUAUUGAGAAACUCCCAGGAGCUUUUCUGUGGGUUUACAAUCGACCAUUGAUCCUUCCCAGACUUGGAGAUGGGUUUCUGGAAGGUCUGCUUCGUGUCAUGGGGAGUUCAGUCGUUUUUGAAGAAGAUGAAGGGGAGCUGGUAAUGAAGCCAAUCUUUCACUUUGCAGACUUUGCCAAUGUGGACUCCAACAUUUGCCUGAGCGGAAUGUUAAGAAAUGCAAGUUCUCUUCCUAAUCUCAACUCUGCAGUGGACUGGAGGCAGCUUGAAGGCCUCCCUGCACCUCCACGCAGCCCACCACACAUGGCCGACAUCUCAGCCCAGGUGUCAAAACCCUGGAUGCAGCGUACCUGCGAGGACCUUUCUGGUGGACACAGAGCACCCCUCAUGACUGAUGUCCAGGCUUGUUGGCAGCAAAACCAACCGAAGUUAUAUAGCGACAUACUGAAGGAGUCGAUAAAACAAAGGAGGAACAUAAGUCACUCGGUGGGCCCGCGGAAUUCUUCUCCAGUAGUGCAAGUCUGUACAUCUCAGAAAAGAGGAGAAUCCAGAAGACGUCCCAGCGCACCAUCAGAGAAACUUCAGACGGCUUCACAAAAAUUGCCACUGAAAUCAAAGAAAAAACAUAUGAAGGUGAAGUCAUCUAACCAAAGUUUAAGCAAACCCCACUUUAAUCCCCAAAGAAGACCAUCACAGACCCUACCUGCAGGUCAGGAAAGAGUGAACCCUCAGCUGACGAGCUCAGCCAUUAGAAAAGCGGCUCCACGCCAUUAUGCCGCGGCUAAUGUAGUGGCACCUUCAACUGCCAUGCAGAGCAUCUCUCAUCUGAAAAGCACCCUCCAUUCGAUUUUAUGGGAUAAAGAGGAGGGUCUUCCUAUCGCUCAGGUGAGGAACAUCUGCCUUUCUCAUCUGUCUGAGCCAUCUCUUCUCCAGGGCUAUUCAUCGAUUAAGGAUUUCUUGGAGACUAUGAAUGAUGUGGUGGCCUUGGAAGGAUAUGGAGUACAAACGAGAGUAUUUUCAGCUGGGCUCAAACCGGAUGCAGUUUGUUACUCACAACUCAAUUUAUUUACGGAUUAAAAUUCUUCACUUUAUGCUUCUUCAUUUAUAUGCAAUGUCAGAACCCACCCUCUUAGCAAAAGUGAAGCAUGGAUAAGGUGGCAGUCCAUCAUAAGAGUUGCCAAUCAAGUUUACACAUAUGUCUUCAGGCCGUGGAAGAGGAGUUUUUGGGAGAGUUGGCUGGCAUUUGUAUGGGUGGAAUAUUACAUAAAGAACAUGAAAACCCCACACUUGCAGUCUCUAAGCUGGGAUUCAAGUCCGCUUUAUGGAAUCUACAGCAACCACUGUUCAUGCAUCAAGAAAUGGAAAGCUGAAACAUCGGAGCUCCUCCAAAAAUGAUCACCUUAAUGGGGUGGUGGUUGUUUUUCAUUUUUAUUAUCUCAUGGAACCUAGAAGCAAGUCAAUUAAGAAGGGGAAAGUGCAACCCACCCACCACCCUACACACACCCUGCCCAAUCCCACUAAUACAAGCUUAGGAACAAAAACAAGACUGAAGUAUAUAUAUAUAUAUAUAAAGAAGUUAAAAAAAAUGUACAGAACUAAUAAGAAAGUAACCACACCACUCAAUGUGACAAGAAAAAUGACAAGAACAACAUCAAUGGGGUCGUAAUCCGUGGGUCUUCUCUGAUGAAUCAUUUGCCGUGUCGAUUUGCGAUCAGAUCGGACUCUGUAGCUUUCGUUUGUUCUUCUCACUUUAAGCCUUUCUUCUUCUGGCUGCUCCCAUUAGGGGUGGCCAAAGCAGAUCAUCUUCUUCCUUAUCUUCCUGUCCGUCCUCUCCAUCUUGCUCUGUUACACCCAUCACCUGCAUGCCCUUUCUCACCACAUCCAUAAACCUUCUCUUAAGCCUUCCUCUUUACUGGCAGCUCUAUCCUUAGUACCCUUCUCCCAAUAUACCCAGGAUCUCUCCUCAUGUCCAAACCAACACAAUCUCGCCUCUCUCGUCGUCCAACCUGAAGCCUUUCCACCCAUUCAGAAACUUUUUGUUAAAUCCUGCUGUUUUCUCUUCCAUGCUGAGCCAACAUCCUUUAGUGGAGUAGGUUUAUCUGCAAGUAACCUGAGGCCUCAUGCAUAACGGCGUGCGUAGAAUUCACACUAAAACAUGGCAUAUGGACAAAAGCAGAAAUGUGCGUACGCACAAAAAAAUCCAGAUGCAUGAAUCUAUGCGUAUGGCAACUUCCACGUUCUUCCGUUACAUAAGCCCCGGUCAGCGUGAAAAGUAACGCACGUGCACGCGCCUGCCGCCACUCACCAACUCCUCCCAAAAUCGCUAAAUUUGUUGAUGAGCUGAAUAUACAAUGCUUACUCCACAGCACAAUUACAGCAGACAAGGGCUCAAUGCUUGCUUUCAUUUUAUGGAGGUGAAGCUGAUGUUUUCUUUUUUUGCCAAGGGAGGAGUACUGUUAUGUUUUGUUUUGUUUUUUUAAGAAACUUGGUUUUUGCUUUUACCGGAUUCCUCACCUUAUCCCGGUUUUGUGUGUACAUGCAAAUGCACUCACUGACGUAAGAUCUUUCAAUGUCUUCUAAAAUGGCCUUCCGAGAAGGAUCUGUGGAAUAUUCUGGCCUGAAAAGAUUUCAGAAUGGGGAACUCUACAGGACGAUGAAAUGCCUAAGGGCAAAUAGUUGUCUAAAAUGACUUAAGCACACGUUAAGAAUGGACCAUGAGUGCCUUCCAAAAUAAACUCUUAGAUGGACUCUCAUUUGGAAAGAGGAAACAAUGACAGACAAAAACAACAUGGGCAAGGGAAAUAACAACUGAAGUAAAGGAGGUGAACCUUACCUGGAGUGAGACUCAGCAUGUGGUCAAAGACCCGGGUCAGAUGCAAGCAUGUCGUCCCAACUUUGGGACGAAGAGGACUUGUAGUAGUAGCAGCAGAAACAUUCUGAGCUUGACUGGAUGUUAGUUUGCAAGUGUUCGCUGAAUAGAGAGUGAUGAGUAGUGUUGAGCUGAAUGACUUCUUCUUGUCAUAAAUAAUCGGCGAUUCUAAAUAAGUAGCAGAUGACAUAUAGUAUGAACAUAAUUAUCAGACUUUGCUCAAUAAGUAACUAAGGGCAACAUGGGGACUUUUUGUAUGAUGACAGCCCCCCCUAAAUAAAUAUUAAUAAGAGUCUGCUGUUGCAUGUUAUAUGCACUUCUCAUUUUCCUAAUUAAGUGCGUCUCACUGACCCAGUCUUGUAUACGUUUAAGACAAUCUAAGGAAUUUUUAUUUAAUGUUUGCAAAAACCGAAGGACCAAAUCCAAAUUUGUAUUUCAAUGCACUUUAUGUUAAAAAAAUGAAAAUGUAAAUGUUGUAUAUUUUUAUUUUUGAACUUCAUUUUCAAUUUUGAUUAAAGCGGUACACUUUCA